UGAAGAGUUAGGUGGCGAAACUGAGCGAAGCGCCCGUGUUUCUCCUUUUCUCCGGUUCUUGUUUUUGUUUCUUUUCUUUCUUUCUUUUUCUUUUCGUGGGAAGGACUUGGGCCCAGUGGCGGCGAUUGAAUGAGAGGUGGCGGUUAUCAUGAGCUCAUUUACGCCUCCAACUGCUUUCUCCUCCCUCUUAUUCGCCUCCUCUCCUCCCAUGGAAAGAGAGCCUCUCCGCCUCCGGGAAUUCUAGGGUUUUCACUCCCUCCAUCUCGUCUCUUCUCAGCCAAUACUGCAGGACCCUCAUUUCAUACAUUCAUGGAAGUUGUCAAAGCAGUUCUUAGACAAGCUUCAGCAACUAAUGAACGUGUUGCCAUAAGAGCUGAAUAUAAGAGCUAUAGCUAUCUUCAACUCAGUGUGUCUGCUUUGAACAUUUCUAACUUAUUGCGCAGCAAAGAUAUUGAAAUACACAAGAGGUGCAUUAAUGAAAGCUCUUCUGUUCAGGGCACCAAUGGAACAAGAUACCUUGAUGGAGCUCGGGUAGGAAUUGUGGCUAAACCUUCUUCUGAAUUCGUUGCUGCGGUCCUAGGAACUUGGCUUUGUGGAGGUGUUGCAGUUCCACUUGCACUCAGUUAUCCAGAGGCAGAGCUUUUGCAUGUGAUGAAUGAUUCGGAUAUUUCCAUGAUCCUGAGCACUCAAGAGCAUCAACAGCUUAUGGAGAAUGUGGCUUCUAAAUGUUCUGCUCAUUUAUCUCUUAUUCCUGCUGUCACCAGUAUGGAGCAGUCAGGUAGUGCAGCAGCCAAUAUGAUUACUAAGUUGACUGGGGAAAUUGAGGAAUCAAGAAUAGCUGAAGGAGAUGACCCUGCUCUGAUUCUUUAUACGAGUGGUACGACUGGUAAACCAAAAGGUGUCGUGCACACACACAAAAGCAUAACUGCUCAGGUCCAAAUUCUGGCAGAGGCAUGGGAAUAUACAUGUUCGGAUCAGUUUCUGCAUUGUCUACCUUUACACCAUGUGCAUGGUCUUUUUAAUGCCUUACUUGCACCUCUAUAUGCAGGAUCUGUGGUUGAGUUCAUGCCAAAGUUUAGCGUUCGUGGUGUGUGGCAGAGAUGGCGUGAAUCAUACCCAAGAGAUGGAAGUAAAGCAGAUGAUGCUAUCACUUUGUUCACAGGAGUUCCAACAAUGUACACUCGACUGCUACAAGGUUAUGAAACAAUGGACUCAGAUCUACAAGCAGCUUCUGCUUCUGCUGCAAAUAAAUUACGUCUCAUGAUGUGUGGGUCAUCAGCACUUCCUUUCCCAGUCCUGAAACAGUGGGAAGAAAUAACAGGUCAUCGUCUUUUGGAACGCUAUGGCAUGACAGAGUUUGUCAUGGCGCUGUCCAAUCCCUUGCAUGGUACUCGAAAGGGAGGCACGGUUGGAAAACCUCUUCCUCAAGUAGAGGUCAAGAUCAUUGCAGAAUACGAGGGUAGAACUGGAACAACUGAAGUGGGUGAGCUUUGUGUUAGAAGUCCUUCACUGUUCAAGGAAUACUGGAAACAGCCUAAGAUUACAGAGGAAUCAUUUGUUGAUGGUGGAUUUUUCAAGACUGGUGAUACUGUUACAGUGGAUGAGGAUGGAUACUAUAUAAUCUUGGGACGCACAAAUGCUGAUAUCAUGAAAGUUGGUGGUUAUAAGCUGUCAGCAUUAGAUAUUGAAGCAGUGCUUUUAGAGCAUGAAGUUAUCGCAGAGUGUUGCGUUCUGGGCUUACCUGACAAGGACUAUGGGGAAGUUGUAUGUGCUAUAAUUGUACCUCAGGCGGACGCAAAGAGAAGAUCAGAACAAGAACUGAAACCAGCUAUUAGCUUAGAAGAGCUACAGAACUGGUCCAAGGAGAAGCUAGCUCCAUAUAAGAUUCCAACUAAAUUGUUCUUAUGGGAUUCCCUUCCUCGAAAUGCCAUGGGAAAGGUGAACAAAAAGGAGCUGAAAAAAUUACUAGGAGGAUCUUUCUAGGUUCAUAGUCUUAAGGCGGCCAUAAUUUUGGUCAUAUAUGCUUUUAUGUAAAAGAACUAUAGCUAUAAUUAUAUUAAAUAAUUAAUUACCCAUCCACUUGGGUUAGCUUGAUAGGAAAGUCGCUGUUUUAGAAAGAAAUAAUUUAUCAACAGUGCCCUUUAUUUUUGUUUGUACUUCUUCAUUACAGUGUGUGUACGUAAAGAGUUCGUUUUUUGCCAAAAUACCUACGAAAGGCAUUUAUUUUUCCAACUAUAUGUUGCGAAUCUUUUUCAA